UAGAAUUGGUACUACUUAUUUUAUAGAAGAAGAAAAACAAAAUAAGCAAAACGAAUAUACACUGUAUAUUAUACAGCACAACUGAAACAAUUUUUUCUCUAAAGACAACUUGUGCGUGGGCGAUAUUCACAUUUAACAAUGGAAAAUUAAUGAAAAAAAGACAAUAUGGAGAAAUUCAAUUGAAUUGGACACCUCUGUUAAUUACGGAAAUAAUAUUUCAGUGAACUAUUAAUUAACGACUGAAAUACGUUCUCUGUUGAAAAAUCUGUUGAAUGACAUGCGAUUGGAAUGUUUUCGAAUCCAGCUCUAAUUGAAUUUCUCGUUAUGGAAUUUUCAAUUUUGUUUUUAUUAGUUCAACGUUCAUCGCUCUGGUGACGGCUGAAAAGCGAAGAACAGUGAAAACAAUGACUAUCUCGGAAACUUUGACUGCUUAUCCAACGUCACGGCUAAAAGGAAUGGUAGGAUUUGCGAAAGCGAGUGGUACUAGUGGCGGCUGGAGCGGCAAAGUGAAGCUAAUCAAUAACUUGCAGGAACUCAUACAAAAUGCUAAAGAUAACCAACCCAUGGUAUUGGUGAUUAACAGCAAUAUCACAGCCACAACUAAGACCAAGGUUAAUCUGGGAUCGAAUAAGUCAAUCAUCGGUUCUUUCGGAAGUCGCACACUACACAAUAUCCAUCUGCGUGCGACCAAAACUUCGUCAAAUAUCAUUUUCCAAAAUUUGAUUUUCAGUCAUUCGGCUGGCAUCAAGGGCAACGACGAUAUUCAGCUGUAUCUAAACUACGGCAGCAAAUAUUGGAUCGAUCACUGUUCAUUCAUUGGUCAUAAGUGGAGCAAAAACGAUGGCAGCCUGGAUAAACUCAUCUAUAUCGGAGACAGCGCUGACUUCGCCACAAUAAGCAAUUGUUAUUUUGGCAACCACAAAUAUGGGCUGAUCCUGGGACAUCCGGAGGAUGACAAUAACAAAGCAUUUGAAGGUCAUCCGCAUUUGACUAUUUGCCAUAACCAUUAUGAAAACAUGGAAGUUCGGGCACCUGGUCUUAUGCGAUAUGGCUACUUCCAUGUGUACAAUAACUACAUCGACAAGUUCCAUCUGGGCUUUACGCUGGCGUCCAACGCCAAGAUUUUUUCUGAGAAAAACUAUUUUGAAAAUGGAAACGCUGAGUUGGAUGAUAAAGGUAAUGGCUUGUUUACUGAUAUUGGUAGCUUGCAAAGCAUUAGGAAACCAAAAUCACCGAAGAACAAGUGGACACCCGGAUCCAGUUAUAACUAUAAAGCAAUGACAGCAGCAGAAGCAAAAGCUUUUGCAACGGCUAACGUAGGAUCAAAAUCUUCUGAGCUGGUUUUCGGUAGCUAAACUUUCACUUUCCACUUUCAAAUUAUGUAAUUGAAUACACUGAAUGAAUACACACGUUACUGUUUUUAAUGAAAACUUUGUUUUAUUUUUACUAAAUUAGAUUCUUCAUAUAUUCGUUUUGGUUAUUUUGUUUGCUAUCAAAUUGGUAGCAC